AUGGUAAAGUCUUUUGUGAUUGGUCACCAGCUGUCCGCGAUGUGUCAACAAAUGUUUCUCGCUUUUUUUAAAAACUUGGUAAAGAAAAAGAGGGCAACAAAUCACUGUCAACCAUUGAUAAAUGUUGACUUUUCUUCUUGAAGGUUAAGUUUCUUCAGAAAUUGGGUGUGUUGAGUGAAAAAUAUUUUUUUAUUUUUCAUUUUAAUCGAAUUUUGUUUGAAUUAGCUUUUCCUUCUUUUUUGGGUCGCAGAAAAAUCUUACCAAAUCUUCUAUUAUGUCACCGACGCCUUUGCCUAUGCCUGGGAUUACCAACAUGUCUCGAGAUACCAUGUUUUGUUCAAAAUGUGGAGAAGGAUUUGAACCUCAAGAGAAGAUUGUAAAUUCAACUGGACAGUUGUGGCAUCAACACUGUUUUGUGUGUGCUCAAUGUUUUCGUGAGUUUGCCGACGGUGUCUUCUACGAAUACGACGGUAGAAAAUACUGCGAGCAUGACUUCCAUGUCUUGUUCGCGCCGUGUUGCCAACGAUGCAACACCUUUAUCAUCGGUAGAGUAAUAAAAGCCAUGAACGCCUCUUGGCAUGCCGACUGUUUCAGAUGUGAAAUGUGCAACUUGGAGCUGGCCGAUACAGGCUUUAUCAAAAAUGGAGGAAGGGCCUUGUGUCAUGAAUGUAACGCCAAGGUCAAGGCCAGAGGGCUGGGCAAAUACGUUUGUCAUAAGUGUCAUGCCAUUAUCGACGAUCAACCCUUGAGAUUUAGGGGCGAAGUGUACCAUCCCUACCACUUCACUUGUACGGCGUGCGGUGUCGAGCUUGACGCUAACGCGCGCGAAGUUAGGAACAGGCCGGGAUUGGCCAAAAACGACACCAACGAGCUGUACUGCUUGCGCUGUCACGAUAAAAUGGGCGUGCCCAUUUGCGGAGCUUGUAGACGUCCCAUAGAGGAGAGAGUGGUUACUGCUUUGGGAAAACACUGGCAUGUAGAACAUUUUGUCUGCGCCAAAUGCGAGAAACCAUUUUUUGGUCAUCGCCACUACGAGAAAAAAGGCCUGGCCUACUGCGAAACUCACUACCAUCAAUUGUUUGGAAACUUAUGCUACUCCUGCAAUCAAGUCAUCUCUGGCGACGUUUUUAUGGCUCUGAACAAGGCCUGGUGCUUCCACCAUUUCGCCUGUUCAAUUUGCGACCAAAAAAUGACCGAGAAGACCAAGUUCUAUGAGUGUGAUUUGAAACCGGUUUGCAAAAAGUGCUACGAAAGAUUUCCCAAGGAGCUGAGAAAUCGUUUGAGGAGACAGCAUGAAGCUAGCACAAAAAGAGCACCUACUCCAGUCGAAUAAUCUAAAAAAAAAACGUUUUGAAACACCAGAUUGUUGAUAGGCAGCAAUCAAUAAAAUUAUUUUUAUUCAAAGGUAAAAUUUCUCCAAUUUAUUAUAUUAUUACAAACAUACAUGUCUAAAUACGACAUUGUAUAUUGGAUCUGAACAUUUAGCGGCAAUAUAUGCAACUGAAAAUACAACGAAUCCUAAAUCUUGGCUUAUUUUGAGCUCUCAACAUUUAAAAUUAGACAUAAAGAUUUAAUGUAUUGCUGGUUGCAUAGUUAGUGACAUCCCUAUAUUAUGUAAUUACUGCCUUUUAACAGGCCUUUCUAUAUAGAUAUUAGUAGUUUUAUAUACAUUAUAAUAACUUAAAAGUGCCUAAUUCAAAAUAAUUAUAAUACAAGCUUGUAUUUAUAACGCUUUUUAAUAAUAUUUCAUAAGCUUGAAGUUUUCUCUAUUAAUGUAUUUAAUCAAUUUCUAUAUAAUGCAUUUAUUUCUAACUAAAUUCGAUUUUAUUGUAUUUUUUGUGUAUUAUAUUAAUCUUAUUGACUUAAGAUGAAAGAAUUGUGUAGUACAAUCAUUCUGUUUUAAACACGAAUAAUUUUUAAGGUGCUUAAAGUAGUUUAUUAAGAUUUUGACAAUAGGGCUAUUUUUUGACAGAUAAUCGUGUUUUUGAUAAGAAGGUUUUGUGAUCAAGUAGGCUUUGACUUUGACAGUUAUAAAUAAUGAAAAUAUCCAUCAUCAUACAAUGCGCGCUUGAUUAUAAAACUUUUUCGGCACAUUGUAGAUUUAAAGUUGUAUAUUAGAAAAUGAUUCAUUUACUACAAAUAUGUCAAUUAUUUCAGUAGAUUAAUUUUAGAGUUAGUUAGUUUUUGAUAUUAACACUAAAUUUUAUUUAAUUUAUAUUAUAUUUAAAUUAUUUAUAUAUACCUAGCGUCGUCAGUGAAAUAAAAACCUUUUCUUUAACUGUAAAAAAAAAGUAAAAAAAAAUCUAAUUCUAUGCUUUAUACUGUUUCUAAAAAUUUAGAUGUGAAACAAUAAAAUAUAUUAUGUAUUUUUGUAGUUUACUAGCUUUAUAAUAAUUGUUAUUGUUAAAUAAAAAUAU